CACGACUAAAAGUAGGCGUUCCAGCUCUGCUCAGGAAAGGUUUUACACUUCAGUGAUAAACUAUUAAAUUAACCAGAAGAGGCUGUGACGGAGAAAACUGAAUAUGUCUUUAUCCAGAUCUCAUACACUUAGACUGGCAGUUGUUUUGGAGGACUGUUCAGACAAGUUGGACAUACUGGGACAUACAUUGCAGAUCAAAAGUGUGAGAGGCUCUGCAGUGCCAAAGGAAAUAACCAGGCUGACUAAGCUAAAAAGCGACUGUCAGUUGAUCUCACAGCACAUUUCCGAGCUGUGUUCAGAGCUGGAGGAGACGCAGACAUUCACUUCUCUGCAGCAGGUAUUGGAGCAAGAAAAGCAGAAGAAGGAGGCUGGGAGCAUGAGAAGGGGAGAAAGAAAAAUGCUGAAGCAGAGAAAAGAGGAUUUAACAAGCAAGCAAGAGGAGUUCCAACAGAAAACAGAGAAACUAAAGGAGGUGCACCAACUCGUCAAAGACCUGAAGCUUCAGCUCAUUGAAAAGUCCUCAAAAAUUGCCAACCAGAAGACAACUUUGGUGAAAACCUUUGAGAUGCAGCUCCAGCAGACACAAAAGGAGACCAGCCAGACUGAGAAGCUGCUAGAGGAUAAGUUGAAGCUGCUCCAGAAACAGCAUCAGGAGGAGAUAAGAGUUCAUGUGGAGUCUGAGAUAUUCCUGCAAAAUCAAAAUAAGGAGUUUCAGCAAAAGCUGCAGCAGUGGCAGGAGUACAAAAGUCAGAUGCAGAAGGAAAAGGAGCAGCAGCUCUACAAAGUGCAGUGCAAAAGAACAAUACAUCUGGACAGAUUAAUGGAGAAAAAGAGAUUGUUCAGGGAGAUGGAGCAGGUGGUGGUUGAGGACAGGGAUAAACUGGAGAAACUCCAGCUACAGCAGGCAGAGACCAGGGCUGCUAUAAAGCUUCAAGCCUGGUGGAGAGGCUGCAAAGUCCGCCGUGGCCUAAGUUUUAGAAAACCAGAGCAAAACAAGAAAGGCAAGAAGAAGGAAGAAAAGAGGAGGAAGAAAAAAUGAUUUCUUCAAAGUUCUUUGAGACACUGAAAUAUGUUUUUAUAAUCCAGUAACAAACAAUACGAAGUCCAUGUUUCUUGUUCUUUAACAUUGGGAACUCUUUUAUUUUUAAAAGUACUUUAAGUACUCUUAUUUGGUAUGUUUUGUACAGAAGUGUAGUGAAUGAAACUGCCUCACUGGAAAUAUAAUAUUAUAACUUAAAGAAGAAACAUACUGCAAACCUAAUCACCUCUUCUGU